AUGGUUAAAGAAAGCAGAUCUAGAUCCUUAACUUAUACACCAGCGGUACCAGUGUGGUCAAUGAAGGACUCUAAAUUAGAGAUGGUACCGCACCAUAUGUUUACAUUUAAGGAAAAUGUUGGUUUUGAGAACUGGCUGGAAGUUGCGGAGAAGAAUCUCUGGGGUUGGAGUGUGGUGGGAUGGGGACCGACUAAGAUCGUGGUUGUGUGCGGAGAACAUGGGCGAGGCACAGGGUUGUUCAUGAAGGAUCUGAAAGUUUACGAUGUGCUGAAGAAAGAGUGGACUCGGCAUGGGGUGGAGUUGCCUUGCCGAAGACACGCUGGAGUGGUUAUUGUGGAUGAUUCACUCUAUCUUAUUGGAGGAGUAGGUGGGUUUAGGCUCGUCCGGCCAGUUGGGGCUGGCCCAGGCUUGUCCGGCCAGUUGGGGCCUGACCCAGGCUCAGCCGGCCAGCUGGGGCCUCCUUAUCUGUGCGCCUCUUGGUGGGUAACCUUGGACGCGGCAGUGGUAUAUGACUUGAAACAGCGUUCAUACAGGAAGAUAGCAAAUCUGCCGGAUGCCAUACAGAAUCCGGCUGUGUGCGUCCACGAAGGCGCGGUAUACGCCGCGGGACACAACACUAUAUACAAAUAUGAGGACUUGGGUGAAACAGAUCGCUGGAUCACCAUAGCCAGCACUCAAAUCCGUGCGAACUGCAUGACGUCGUUCAAAGGCUACAUUUACUGCACGCAGAGCUAUUUCAGCCAUCUUUACCGCUUCAGGCCGGGAGUGGACAAGCGACUUGACUCCCUCACACAGUUUACCAACCCACCCGCUACUAUAUGUAACUUAGGAGACCGUCUACUAUUCUUCACCCGUUCCAUGUGUACGCAAGCCGACGUCCUAAACGUAGAAGAAUAUGUCGGCAAGACCAAUGAUGAGAAGCCCAAAGUGAUAUGGCGACAGAGCGAGAGCGCGAUAAAACUGAACGACGUCGCUGGUUCAUGCUCUUUGGUUAUGUCUGUACCGCCCUUAUGGCCGGAUAGCUCGAAUUAUACUAAGAAGUAUUUGAAGAGGUAUGAAAUACAGUAAACGUAGGUAGUUUUUUAAUGUGAAAAAAGUCAAAAUGUACAUAAAAUAAGUCAAGCCGACCUCCUAUAAGUACCUCGGCAAGACCCCAGAAGAGAAUUCCAUAUACAUCCGGUGACAGAGCGAGAGCGCGAUAAAACUGAACGAGGUCGCUGGCUGCUCUGAUAAUGUCUGUACCUCCCUUAUGUCCGGAUAGCUCGAAUUUAACUAAGAAGUAUUUGAAGAGGUAUGAAACACAGUAAAUAUAGGUAGUUUUUUUAAUGUGAAAAGUGUCAAAAUGUACAUAAAAUAAGUCAAGUCGACGUACUUUAAGUACCGCGGUAAGACUAGCAG